CAGCUGUCAUAGCGCCAAGAUAAACAUCCAUCGCGUGUGAUUGCACCUUGUUGUGCGUUUUCUUGUUCGAAUUAAAGGAUUUAUCAUGCAUCGCCCAAAAAUGGCUCUGAACUUGGUCCUGCGUCUGGACAGUUUACGCGUCUACUCCAACAGCUCAGCGAUCAGCAGCAUCAGCCGAAUGCAAUCAACAUUCGCAGUUUCACAUGCCGCCCAGCGACAUCCUGUUUGCGGCCUAAUGUUCGCCAGACAGAAUACAGCGACCAGUUCCGAGAUUCCGAGACGGAUGUUUUCGACGGAGAAAGACACAGCACGUGUUGAGGAACCGAGUGAAAAUGAAAAGAAACUAACGUCGGAAAUGGAGGAGCUACGCAAAGAGGCUACAGAGCUAACGGAAAAGGUCAAAACGCUUGAUGACAAGUACAAGCGAGCACUCGCGGAAAGUGAAAACAUUCGGCGAAGGUUGACGAAACAGAUUGAAGACGCAAAACAGUUUGGCAUUCAAGGGUUCUGCAAGGAUUUGCUCGAGGUAGCCGACAUCCUCGGCCACGCAACGGAAGCGGUACCCAAGGAGGAGGUAUCGGACCGCAACCCACAUCUAAAGAAUCUUUUCGAGGGUCUCUCGAUGACACGCGCCCAGCUCAAUAGCGUGUUCCGGCGACAUGGGCUCGAGCCGGUCAAUCCGUUGAACGAAAAGUUCAAUCCUAAUCUGCAUGAGGCACUGUUCCAGCAGGAGGUGGAGAACGUCGAACCCAACACGGUGGUAGUUGUGAGCAAGAUCGGUUACAAGCUACACGACCGUUGCAUACGUCCCGCUCUGGUCGGUGUCGCGAAAGGAUAAUUAUUGUUGCAGCAUGUUUGAUGCUUGCGAGACCGCUGCUAAAGCAACCAACGAUGUAACCCAGUAACCCGUCAAUGGUUCGUCGUCUAUUGAUGUUUCAAAUGUAAUUUGCUUUUAAGAGUUUGGCAAAGGGCAACAGACAACUCAUCGACAUAUUCCAGAAUAAAAAAUACAGAACCUGUAGAAAGCUACAACUCUA